AUGAACGCCAACCACGAUACAAAGCGGCUGCUGGAGCAUAUCCAGAGUCAUAACAACAUCCGGGUGCCCGCACCGGUGCUCCAGUACGUCAAGGAUAUCGAAAUCCUGACCCUGGACCUGGUGCGGAACCCCUGGGGGGCGGACUGGAAGAAGGAGAUUGAGGGCCUUCGCCAGGACAACCUCCAGAUUCGCCAGGAUAUCAAUGCCGUCCGCAUCUCCACCGACGUCUCUCAGCCUCAGAAUCGAACCAGAUCGUUCGCGGAGGCCGUCAGACAAGGGCGUCCGCCGGCCCCUGCCCACCAUCUGUCUACGCAUGGGUCGGGCAGCAGUCUCGGAAUAACUCGGUCCGAGCUCGGCAAAGACCGCGAAGUCAUUGUCAAGCUCGGGGAUGAAGAUGCCAUCAAGCGCUAUAGAGGCAUGACGGCGAAGGACAUUAAGAGACGGGCUAAGAGGGCGAAGGUGGACACAGCCCACCGCCACGGGGUAGUGACCCUAGCAUCGGUGGCCUUCGUGGCCGUCCGCCAGUUAAAAUCCGGGGACUUAAGCCUCACGAUGCGGUCCGCCAAGGAGGCGGAGAUCGCACGGGCACACCCCGCGUAG